UACUUUCAGGCAACCAAUAUGGCAGCCUAGGUGGCCAGUCUAAUUUUAUUGGAAACCUAUGGCAUUAAGACUAGUCAUCCAUCAACAUAUGAUGUCGUCAUUCGUAUUGCAACAGAUUGUGCUUAGAAAAGCCGUCGAUGUUCUAAGCAGACGUUUCACACUGUCUACCGUGCUAGUCAAUAUAGCCAGAGUGUCUACAAGUAGACAUGCAACAUUACAGCCCUUGAGCAAUCGCCAGCUUGCCAGCAUUGCACGUAGUCACGCGACCGUGCCGUCUCCCAAUGAAGGUGAGGAAACAAAGCUACCCCACUGGGUAAGCACGCCUACAGACAGAGCUAUAUUCGAAUCGAAAUCAACGGAAGACCUACUGAAUAUAGGUUCGCGCCCGCUCACAGUGCAGCAGGCAGGCAGCGCUCUCACGCUGCUCGCUAAGCAUGCUCAGCUAGAGAACGCAGGUCUGAGCGACGUCGUUUCGCACGCCGGAUUCGAGCGCAUGUGCCAGACGAUGUCGGUAAACGUGUCGGCCGUCCCGCAGGGCGUCGCCGUCGCCGCGCUUCGCGCCCUGCUCCACCUCGGCCUCGCCGGCGACGCCUACACGGUGCAGUCGCUCGAGAACGAGUUGCUAUGGCGACUGCGGCGCAUGACGGUGUCGAAGAUCGCCGCGUUGCUCGCCGCGGUGCGCGAUUACCAGCGCACGGAGCUCGAGCGGAACCUGUACAACGAGGCGCUGCACUCGCUGCAGCUGCGCUGGGUCGAGAUCGAGCAGCCGCGCGACCUGCUGAGCAUCAUGCUGCACGCGCAGCCGAUCUCGCCGGCUCUGUUCGGCAAGCUGGAGGAGAAGGCGCUGGAGCUGCUCGAGCGCAUGAGCGUCGGCGAGCUGCACAAGCUCGUGUGCGUGCUCGCGAAGCAUCGUCGCCGCAGCCUGCCGCUGCUGCGCGCCGUCUCCUACCACGUCAGCCGGCGCUCGGAACCCGUCAGCGUGCAGCACGCGAUGGACUUUGCCUACGCCUGCAGCGUGCUGCACUUCAACGACCAGCAGCUGCUGCAGCGCGUCUGCAUCGACCUGACGCCGGAAGUCGUCAACAUUCGUCAGCCGUUCGUCACGUCGUCGCUGCUUACCUCAUUCGGCCACCUCAAGUGGCGUCACCCGGUGCUGUUGGAGCUAUUCACGGAUUUCAUGGAUAAGAAUUCGAGCCGAUGUCGUGAGAAGGAGUUUGUUUCUUACGUGCUCACUCUCGCACGACUGAACUACAAGCCUGACGGGAACCAGACGCAGGUGUUGGACAAGGUGAUGAAGUUAUUAUCCCUUCAAAGACUAGUAAAGAAACCAGAGGUGCUGCUGGACGUUGCUUGGUCUCUCGCCACGCUUCAAAAAUUGUCCGAAGAGGUCAUCAGAAUCGUCCUUGAUCCAGCCUUUUACCAGACGUUAAUCGAGUCUGACAGUCACUCUAGCAUGAACAACAGACGGAAGCUAAUGAACAUCGAAGCUGCAGCGAGGCUUGACAUGAGCGAGGAACAACAGAGUGACAGACCUCGACUGCCAACUGACUUCUCUACUGAAUAUCCCACACAGUUUACAGAAAGUACAUCGAAGAGCACCUUCUUGCACUCAGUGAUGGAAUCAUUGCAAAACUUCAGUCCCAAAGGCAAGUUUAUGGAGGUGAAUGUCUUCCAUCCAACUGGCUAUCGCAUAGAUGCCGAGCUGCUGGUGGACGCCACAGGUAAGCCACUGCUGCUAAACGACUACAACAAUGGAAAACCUCUUCCACUAGGAGCAAAGAGGGUCGCACUACUGAUCUGGGAUUUUACGUCGAUGACUCAGCACACGGUAAAACUGACAGGGGCAAACGCAAUGGCAGUGCGACAUCUCGGGAAGUGCGGUUACACUGUGGCUCAGGUGCCUUACACUCAGUGGAAUGAGCGUGACACAGUGGUGAAUAAAGUCAAGUUUCUGCAAGACACAAUCAAGGCGGCCGUUAUGGGUAGAAAUGGUCCAACCUAACAUCAGUGAUACUACUUAUACUAGUACAAGAUUGUUUCUGUGGAAUAUGUUAGCAUACGAAAUAAAUGUUAUCUGCAAUGCAUCUAUUUCUAUCAAGUGCAGUCAUAACCUCACCUUCAGCUGAGAGGGGGACAGUAGCCACACAUGCCCUGUAUUUACCGAUUUGCUGUAACUGCCGUCUCUUAGUAGAAUUAAAUGUUGAAAUGUUAGUUCAAAAUCA